UAAUCCGACUCACAAAUCUGAGUCAUAAAGGAAACUAAUUCUAGGAAAAGUAUUAACGCGAUGAUGUUUAUACAAACACGCAUUUGUAGUACAAUAACUGUAGAUGUACGACGUGCAAAUGUAUUUGUAAAUUUCAGUGAAAAUGAGUUUACAAAGUGAAGUGUUUGUGAAUGCAAGUGUUAGGUUAACUGAUGCUCAGUUGGCUUCAUUGGAUUUGUUUAAAGGGUAUCCGGAUGGACUGCUGAAAUUCGCAACAGCCUCUUGCAUUAUAUUCAUGCUAGUUGGAAUACCUGGAAAUAUUAUAACAAUCGUCGCACUGGCGCGCUACGAAAAAAUACGAAAUGCAACAGCGAUAUUCAUCAUGAACUUAUCCUGUUCGGAUUUGCUUUUCUGUUGCUUUAACCUGCCGCUCGCCGCCUCGACUUUCCAUCGACAAGCUUGGGUCCAUGGCCACCUCCUCUGCAAGAUGUUUCCUCUCACAAGAUACGCCCUAGUUGCAAACUCACUGUUCACCGUACUGUCAAUUACUAUAAACAGAUAUGUGAUGAUAGCUCACCCAAAAUUAUAUACCAAGUUAUACAAAAAGCGAAACAUAAUUAUUAUGAUCGUUUUUACAUGGAUGUUUUCUUUUGGAAUCAUGAUUCCUAUUUUACUUGAAAAAUAUGGCCGAUUUGGGUUGGACCUGAACAUUGGAUCCUGUUCUAUUUUGAAUGAUUAUAAGAAUAGGUCCCCUAAGAAGUUUCUAUUUCUAACUGCAUUCAUUUUACCUUGUAUAGCAAUAAUAUUAUGUUAUACAAGAAUAUUUUUCAUCGUCAGAAAGGCGACAAAAAAAUCUUUAAAUACUCACAAACAAGUUCCCAAUCAAGAGGAAUCUUCUUCAGCUGAUUUGUCGACAUCUAUAUCAGUACGUGUCACUGGUGAAACUAGCUGCAAUUAUAGCGUGGAACCAAUCAAUAACACUAAAACGUCCUCCAGAAAUAUUUUUACCAAUGACCGUUCGACUACUUUUAAUAUGGAAAUGUCAGAUAAUAUUAUACGACAUCCAGAGGAUAUAGGCAAAGAACCUUCGAGACUUCGUCGAACAGCGUUAAGAAAAUCUAUGGCUCUUCUUAAAAUGUCUCUCCCAAGCCGUAAGGACAGACGUCUGGGAACUAUGAUAAUUGCUAUUAUGAUAACAUUCUGUUUAUGUCAUUUACCUAUAACGAUAAUCAAAAUGCUACGUGAAAUAAACCCAUACCCAGUACCAAAUAUUAUAGCCUACAUUCUCUUGUAUUUGUCAUCGAGUAUAAAUCCCGUCAUAUAUGUUGUUAUGUCGAACGAGUAUCGCAAGGCUUAUAAAAAUCUAUUCAAACGGAGAAAGAAUUCGCUCUCUAUAAAUAAAAUCCAUUGUAAUCCUAAAUAAUAUUAAACGUCAUAGAGGCAUAUGAAACCCAAUACUCAUGUUAUUAUUUAGGUUUAAAUGAGAUGCGUGUUUUGAAUGUUUUGUAAAUAUUAGUUGAAUUUAGAAACGUUAUGUUUGGGGAUUGCAAAAUGUUAUGAUCAUUGACUGUGUUACGUGUUACUUGUGUAGGUAGGUUAAUAUUGUAGCGCUUCUCAGUAUUUAUAUUCCGCGUAAGUUUAAAUGAAUUAAGGAAUAUUAUAUGUUGAUUGAAGUAUUAUUAAGAAUCCUAUAUGACCAAUGGGGCCCAAAGAAUGAAUGUUUUCACAUUCCGCUUUUAGUAUGUAGUCCAGUAAAUUACACUUUUUAAGUUAUGAAAAUUUAUCUUUUUCUUUUAAAUAUUUUUUUUUUCUCAAUCCAGUGGGAUUAUAGAUUAUAAAGUUAUUAUUGAUUACAUUUAGUGAUGAUGUGUGUGCGACUGACUAAAAUUUAAGCUGUUACUUUGCCUAUUACAAUACCAAAAUGUAUAUACAAAACUAUAAGUGUAAAAUAAUAAUUAAAUUCGCCUCAGAUUCAAAUGACCUCUGACUUUGUUAAAAAAAACGUGUAUAGGUACGGAUGAUAUGCACAUAUUUUUUUAUUUAUUUUCUUGAAUUUAGCAAUAAAGAGUGUUGAGGAACAAUAAAAUUAUAGAGCAAUUUAAUUAAUGACUUAAAAAGUUGUAAGUUAAUUUAGAACUUUCAUUAAGAGAAUGAUUUAAUAUAUAUAAGAGAUAAGUAUUAACAUUUAUAUACAAAUUAUAAUAUGUAGCGCAGGUUUGUGAUUUAAUAACUAUGAAUGUAGAAUACACGACUUUAUUAUCAGGUGCUUAUUUGGAUUUGAUCUCAAAUUUUGCAGAUAUUAUAGAUAUUAAGUUCUGUUAAAAUUAAUAUGUCUCCCAAAUAAUAGGCUCCCAUAAAUGUUAGUACGAUAAUUAUUUGCACUGUCAUUUGAAAAUGACGGCCGCGUUAUAAAAUUUAUUUUUAAUUUUAUAUACGGUAUAUAUUUACUGAACUUAUAAAGUUAAGAUAUUAAUAUAAGAAUAUCUAAGAAUACUCUCAACAAGUAAUGUAAGUUUAAGUAUAGUUCCAAAGAAAUAAUCAAAGUUAAAUAUAAAAUUUAUUAUAGUAUAAGUGAUUUUUUUAAUAAUGGAGAUAAGUCAUAUUUAAUUAGCGUAAUUAGUUACGUAUAUUUUAAGAGACCUUACUCAGGUUACCGGAUUGUAUUAUUUGUGCAUGUUCUUAUACGUCAUAAGACCCCAGCCAUUGUACUUACCAAAGAUAUAAUAGAAUAAAAUUGAAUGAUAUUAAAUGACA